AUGGAAUUAGAGAUAAAGUGCACAGAACAGCAACACACCGCGAUCACGAGCGACUUCAGCCCCGACACCCUGCUUGGGAUCAAGGCGGGGCCAGGAUCUGGUAAGACCAGAACGAUCGCGAGCAGAAUUGCGUACCUGCUCAGCGCGCAGUCGCAGAGUGGGAUCCGGCCAGAUAAUCUGCUGGUGCUCAGUCUCACGAACCGCUCGGUCAACGAUCUUCGAGCGCGACUCCGUGCCGUCCUGGGGCCCAUGGCUGCCCAGAUCCCCGUCAUGACGUUUCACUCGUUUGCAGGCAAGGUGGUCGGGUCCAAGUACACUGACUGGAACAUUUUGGACGACGAAGACCUCCGCCGACUCGCCAGACUGGUUGACAUGGGCCGCGGUGCGAGCUCGAUGGCGGAGCUGCGAUCGCACCUGCGCGACGCGCGUCGAUCGACCAGCGACGUCGCUGUGGUGGCACGCAUCAUGGAGAUGUUUGGGUCGACGCAGGUGUUCACGCACGACGACGUGCUGGAGGAGUGUUCCCGCCUGCUGCACUCGCCGCCCAAAUUCGUCGACAACUACAAGGUUGUUUUCGUCGACGAGUUCCAGGAUGUGUAUCCGGCAGUCAUGAACUUGGUGCUUCAGAUCAGCAAGGGACGGCAUCUGACGCUUGCCGGAGACUCCGACCAGUCGAUCUACGGCUUUUUGGGAGCGUCUUUCAAGCAAAACUGGGAAAGACUGACAGAAAGACACCCAAAUCCCAAUAUCGUGCAUCUGAACCAGUCUUUCAGGUCAACGCCCGAGGUGCUGCAGUUUGCGACCGCAGUGCUGGGACACAGCACUCCCGUCCAUCACAGCGUGAAGCCGCCGUGCGGACUGCCUCCUCUGCGUCUCUCUUUUGCGUCUCCGGCCGAGGAACGCGAGUUUAUCUACGACGAAGUUGCACGGCUGGUGGACAUCUCCGAGGGCGCCAUCAAGCCUUCCGACAUUGCUAUUCUGAGCUACACCAACCGCGAGGUCGACUCUGUGCUGAACUACUUCAGCGAAAGGGGCCGGUUUGGACUAUGCAAGCUCAACAGCAACCCUCGCUGGCUACAGAGCCCGUUGUCGUUUUUAAUGCAGUAUGUGCGCGUGCUGCUUGAUCCGCGGGUCAAUUUUCCGCUUCUUUGUUCGCUCUCGACCGUUCCCAACAUCGGAGAGGCGACCCUCCGCAAGACAGUCUCGUUGGCAACCGAGCACGACGUGCCUGUCUACGAAUAUUUGCAUGACUCUGAGUACGAAAAACCGAAAAAACUAGACAUGCUACCGCAUUAUGUGAACUACAUUGCCAAAUGCAGGAGCGAAUUAAACCAGAACGACCCCGACCAGAUCCUGGCUACGCUGCUGAGGAUGGGAAAAGAGCUGGGGUUCGACAAAGUCCUGAGCGCUGACGGAUUCACCAAAGACCAGCUGCUCGAAUACAGACUCCAUUUCGACACGAUCUACAAUACUCUACAACGUGCAAAGGCACAAAAACCACCAGAACACACAGUUCUCUCAUACUUUAUGGAAAAUUACAACAACGAUACGCUGGUGACCAGCAAUAGCAUCAAGACCUCUAACGACAAUGAAGUCAAUUUUUCGACCAUCCACACCGCCAAGGGCCUUGAGUUCCCCAUCGUUUUCAUACUUUCGGGCAACAACUACCGGCUCAACGAUACCCAGCGCAGGGUUCUCUAUGUGGGAAUGACAAGGGCCUCAUCGUUACUCUAUUUCAACAAGCUCAGCAACCAGUUUGUGGAUGGUCUAGACCAUACACCCAGGCCCCUGUUCUCCACACGGGCUCCGAACUGGACGUCCGAGUCCGUUUCGCGGCUGCUUGCCGACUUGGGGCGCCGCCCACUCACCAAAGUGCAUCAACUGGCAUCUAAACUUGCGCACGCGACACUCUAA